AGGGAGAAGAAGCCCCAUAGUGUCGAUCUUUUUUAUUUGCGUAAUCUUUUUGAAAAGAAAAAGAGAAAAAAAAACACGAGAAGGGAUCCGUUUUACCUGUUGAUGAAGUCCCACCGGGCGUGGGACGCAGAGGAGCAGUCGGGUUUCUACCCAGAGAAGAAAAGUCUGAAAUAGGUGCACCGUUCCAGUGGCCAGGAGGCGUGAAGGACCCUCGUAUUCCCCCCUUUCCCCCAGCAUUUACAGCCUGUGCUGGGUCGGUGGAAAAUGGGCACUCUGACCACUUCGAUCUGUGGACUUAUCCUCUCUUUCAUACUCACAUCGCAGCUUUUUACUGUGACACAGGCCUCCAAGGUAUGGGGCGAGGUUCCUCUGCCAGAAGAUUUGGAGGCAGAAAAAACUAUCCAGGGAUCUCAGAGUUUACUGGAUGAUGAUGAGGACUUUGCAGCUGAUGAAGCGUCAGGAGACCAGCCCAGUGGAGAGGAAUAUGGAAGCACACCGUGGCCUGAUAGCACAAUUUAUUACAGAGCUUCUGUCAACUUCACCUCCCUGGUCUACGGUCCCGAAUACGAAGAAAUCUUCUCUCGUGAAUUUAUCGAGCUUUCUGAAGCAGUGGUGGACACGCUCGAGUCAGAGUACAACAAGAUUCCAGGUGUCCAGACAGUCAGUGUGAUCCUUGUUAAAAAGGAGAUAAGAGAGGAUGGCGCUGAUGUAUUUGUAGAAAUAGAUGUGGGAUCUGAAUACAACGCCAAUGAGGAACAGAUCCGCAGCGUGCUGUACAACGUGGUGAAGGAAGGAGCAAUUGCUUCCUACAGCACAUCGGUCCAGGGCUUCCAGUUCAGACGACUUGGAGUAGUAACCCCCAGUGUGAGACCCUGCAUGCCAGAUGAGCACAGGUGUGGUGAUGGGACAUGUAUCCUAAUGGAAUACCUGUGUGACAACCGACAAGACUGCAGAGACAUGAGUGAUGAGCUCAAUUGUGGGCCGAUUAUUCCGAUCAUCACAACCCCUGCCACCACAGUCGAUACAACCCAGAAGGUAGUGCGUCCCCCCGGCCCACCUGGACCCUGCAGAGUGGAUCAGGCUACAUGUCAGACUGGAGAGUGUAUACCUCGUGACUAUAUCUGUGACGGUCAGCGGGACUGCCCAGAUGGAAGCGACGAGUUUAGAUGUGGUACUCCAUCUCCCUGUGAACCCAAUGAGUUCAAGUGUAAAAACGGUCGCUGUGCACUCAAACUUUGGCGCUGCGACGGAGACAAUGACUGUGAGGAUAAUUCAGAUGAAACCGACUGCCCCUCCAAGGGCCCCGAUGACAGGUGUGCUCCUGAGCAGUUUGAAUGCCUGAGUGAUAACAAAUGUAUCCCAGCUAGUUACCAGUGUGAUGAAGAGCCAGACUGUGAAGACCGCUCCGAUGAGUAUGGCUGCACCCCUCCUGCUGUAACAAGCCCCCCAGAAGAGUCAGUUCAGGUUGCACGGGGAGCCACAGUAACAUUCACCUGUCAAGCUGUUGGAGUGCCAACACCCAUUAUCACCUGGAGACUCAACUGGGGACACAUUCCUACCAGCAACAGGAUUACCGUGACCAGUGAUAAUGGCCGUGGGACCCUCAUUAUUCGUGAUGUGAAGGAGUCAGAUCAGGGGGCGUACACAUGCGAGGCCAUUAAUGCUAAAGGCUUGGUGUUUGGCAUCCCAGAUGGAGUGUUAACUCUUAUUUCAAAUCCAAACCCAGGCAACUGUCCUGAUGGUCACUUUAGCGUGAAUGGCCGCUGUUUGUCCUGCUUCUGCGGUGGAAUCUCUAAAAAUUGCAAGAGCACUGGACGUUAUCGCAACCAUAUCAGUCUGCGUUUCACAGAGGAGGAAAACUUCAAAGGGGUGAACGUUACCUACCCAUCGAGGCCUGGUACUCCUCCUCUUUCCUCCACCCAGCUCCUUAUUAACCCGGAGAUGGAAGAGUUCCAGCUUGUCGACCUCUCACGUCGUUUCCUUAACCUCGACUCCUUCUGGACCUUGCCUCGCCAGUUCCUGGGCAAUAAAAUCGAUUCCUAUGGAGGAUCAUUGAAGUUUAAGGUGCGGUACACACUAGCACGCGGAUUGUCCGAGUCUGUAGAGAAGCCAGAUGUGAUGCUGGUUGGAAAUGGGCGCAGGCUUGUGUACCGCAGAGGCAAUGGCACCCCUCCCAAUGUGGUCAACCAAAAGGAGAUCAGAUUCACUGAAGACAACUGGCAGCACUCCAGUGGUCUUUCUGUGACCCGAGAUGAGCUGAUGAUGACCUUGGCCAACCUGGAAAGCAUCAGCAUCCGCACCAACUAUGAUAACCACAUGGUCAGUGUGGCCCUCAGUGACAUUGUCAUGGAUACCACGACUGUGGAGUUCAGCGUUUUGGGUCAUGCUAAGGACGUUGAAGAAUGCAGAUGUCCUCCUGGAUACACAGGCCUGUCUUGUGAGAUGUGCUCUGCUGGUUUCGAGCGUGUUCCUGGUGGCUUGUAUCUGGGAACCUGUGCUGGUUGUAAUUGUAAUGGACAUGCUACUGCCUGUGAUCCAAUCAGCGGACAAUGUCUGAGCUGCCAGCACAACACAGAGGGCCCUCAGUGCGACAAGUGUCGUCCUGGCUACUUUGGCGACCCAAGCCGAGGCCGCCCUGAUGACUGCAAGCCCUGCCCUUGCCCAUACACUGAGACAUCACGACGGUUCUCUGACACCUGCUUCCUGAACAUUGACCAACAGCCAACAUGUGACGCAUGCAGGCCCGGCUAUACAGGAAGACGCUGUGAAAAGUGUGCUCCUGGUUAUCAGGGUUACCCUCUUCUGCCUAAUGGAAAAUGUGUCCCUAUCUCAAACCCAUCUACCAAGUGUGAUGAGAGAGGAAUUGUCAGCUCCAGCAGUGGGCCAUGCAGCUGUAAGAACAAUGUGGCAGGCGCUCUGUGUGACGAGUGCAAGCCUGGGUUCUUCCACCUAUCAGGGUCCAACGCUGAAGGCUGUCUGCAGUGUUUCUGUAUGGGCGUCACCAAACAGUGUUCCAGCUCCACUUGGAAUAGAGAACAGGUGCGGGGCGGCGUAAACGGGCAACUCUUCUCCCUCUCCAAUAGUGCCAACACUAAUACUAUCACUGAAGGCAUCUCACAAAGGGGCUCCUCUGAAGUUGUCUACCGUUUCUUCUCGAGUCUCCCUAAUGACAUCUACUACUGGGUCCUGCCUGAGAACUUCAGGGGAGAUAAGGUGACAGCUUAUGGCGGAGAGCUUCGCUACACAGUGAGCUUUGAACCAUUUCAGCGCUCUCUUGUGAUUGAUGGUCAGCCAGAUGUGGUUCUCCAAGGCAAUGGAAUCUUCCUGGAACACUACGCUCAAACCAGACCGCUCCCACGUGUCCCACAAAUUGUCACUGUGACCUUCCGAGAGUCUGAAUGGCGUCGUGCUGACGGACAGCCGUGUACUCGUGAGCACCUACUGAUGGCGCUGGCAGACGUUGCUGUCUUCAUGAUCAGGGCCAGCUAUGCCGACAAUUUGGCUGAGAGCAGUAUCUCAGAUAUCCAGAUGGACAUUGCUGUUCCUCACUCAACUGGGUAUGAACGUGCUCUAGAGGUGGAAGAGUGCGCCUGCCCUCAAGGAUACAGAGGACCGUCUUGCCAGGAAUGUGACGAAGGGUACACACGGACUACCUCUGGGCUUUACCUGGGCACUUGUGAGAGGUGUGAUUGCAACAGUCACGCCAGCAGCUGUGACCCGGAGACCGGCAGGUGUCUGCAAUGUCUCCAUAACACUGCUGGCUCCAGAUGUGAGCGCUGUCAAAAUGGUUUCUAUGGAGACCCUGUCACGGGUGGUGCUCAGGCCUGUAAGCCCUGCCCCUGCCCUGGAAUCUCUUCUAAUAAUCAAUUCUCCACGACCUGCUAUCUGGAUUCUGACGGCCAGCCGACCUGUGACAACUGUCCUCUUGGAUUCACUGGCCGACGCUGUGAAAGAUGUGCUCCAGGAUACACUGGUAAUCCAUUACUUGGACAGAGCUGUAAAGUUGGCAAUGGACGUGAUGAGUGCUAUAACUGUGACCAAAGAGGGCGUGAAAGCUGCAAUAGUGGUGUGUGCAACUGCAAGAUGAACGUUGAAGGCCAGUAUUGCUCCACCUGUAAGACUGGGGCCUUCCAUCUGAGCCAAGAAAACAAAGAUGGCUGCCUGUCCUGUUUCUGUAUGGGUGUCACUCAGCAGUGCUCCAGCUCAACCUACUACAGAGAUCUGGUAUCCUCAGUCUUUUCUCCAGGGAACUUCCAGGGAUUCGCUCUGGUCAACCGUCAGCGCACCAGUCGCAUUUCCACUGGUUUCACUGUAGAGAUUUCCACUGAAGGCACUCAGCUGUCCUACAGUAACUUUGACUACCUGGGACAGGAGCCUCACUACUGGCAGCUUCCAGGAGUUUACCAGGGUGAUAAGUACUUUCUGGUCUACAAAGGUUUCAACUUGCACCAGGAUGGUCUGCUCUACUGGCAGCUUCCAGGGCAGUUCACAGGGGAUAAGGUCGGGUCCUAUGGUGGAAAACUUAAAUAUACCAUUUCCUAUGUGGCUGGUCCAAGAGGAACACUCCUUGACGAUGCUGACAUUCAGAUUAUUGGUAAUGACAUCACCUUGGUAGCCCGUCAGCCUUGGCAGCGGAGGCAACAGGGCAGAGAGAUGAAUACAUUUGAGAUCGUCUUCAGAGAGGAAAAUUGGCGUCGACCUGAUGGCAUGAUUGCCACUAGAGAGCACCUGAUGAUGGUUCUGGCUGAUCUCGAUGACAUCCUGAUUCGAGCAUCCUACUCCACAGAGAUGCGCUCCUCCAGCAUCUCUGACAUCAGCAUGGAGGUUGCUGUGCCCAACUACAGCGGCUUGGCACAGGCCCUCGAGGUGGAGCAGUGCCGAUGCCCACCUGGAUACCAGGGACUCUCCUGCCAGGACUGUGCUCCUGGCUAUACCCGCACCGGUGGUGGCUUGUACCUGGGUCACUGUGAGCUCUGUGAAUGCAAUGGUCACUCUGACUCCUGUCACCCGGAGACCGGCAUCUGUACAAGCUGCCUACAUAACACGCAGGGUGAGCUCUGUGAGCAGUGUGCUCCUGGUUUCUUUGGUGACCCCACUGUUGGCACUCCAGAAGACUGCCAGCCAUGUGCCUGCCCUCACACUGACCCGGACAACCAGUUCUCCCCUACCUGUGAGAGCCUUGGAAAUGGAGGUUACCAGUGUACUGCCUGUCAGCCUGGCUACACUGGCCAGUACUGUGAACGUUGUGCUCCUGGAUAUGUUGGAAACCCACAGGCAAGAGAGAAGUGUCGUCCAAAUGAUGUUGCAGCCCCACUCGUAGUCAAAAUUUAUCCAGAGAGAGUCCUAGUGCCACAGGGAAACCCUGUCACUCUGCGGUGUCAGGUGUCUGGAUCACCUCCGCACUAUUUCUUCUGGUCGAGAGAAGAUGGACAGCCAAUCUCCGGCAGUGCUGACAGACAAAGACAAGGAGCAGAACUGUACUUCACCAGCGUCCAGCCGAGGGAUGCCGGUGUCUACAUCUGCACCUGCCAAGACCAGCGCAGCACUAACAGGAGCCACGCUGAAAUUGUUGUCACAAGUGUCCCUUCCAAACCUAUCGAGGUAAUCGUUGAAGAGCCCAAAUCCCAGACUAUAAGGGUCGGGUCUACUGUCCAAUUCAUCUGUACUGCAAAGAGCAAGUCACCAGCCUACACUCUGGUCUGGACUCGAAGCGGCAAUGGGAAACUUCCCAACCGUGCCAUGGACUUCAACGGCAUCCUAACAAUUCAGAAUGUCCAGCCUGAGGAUGCAGGUGUCUACAUUUGCACAGGUUCCAACAUGUUUGGCAUGGACGAGGGCAGAGCCAUCCUCUACGUGCCAGAGGCCUCACAGACUCAGAUGUUUUACACAUCCUAUGAAAUGUUUGAAGGACGCAGACAUACUGCAGAGGGGGCCCGGCCUCUGGCCACUGUAACUCCCUCAGUGCUGAACGUCUAUCAAGGCCAGAGGGCAGAGUUCCACUGCACAGUAACUGGAAACCCAACUCCUGCCAUCGAAUGGAUUGGAGGUCCAGGUAACCGAAUGAGUCCGAGAGCAGUGAUACGAGGUGGCAUACUGACCUUCACGUCAGUGGACGCGGCUGAUGAGGGAGACUACACCUGCAAGGCCCUAAACACGCAUGGCGAGCACACAGCGCGGGUUUCUCUCCUUGUCCAAAACUCUAACCCUAGCGGUCUAGGCACCCUACCUCAAGUCCAAGUCAGUCCUCAAAAUACUGAAGUCCAAGAAGGUGACACAUUGAGGUUGUACUGCAGAGCAUCGGGAUCACCCACCCCGAAGCUCACCUGGCUGAAAAAUGGAGGACAAAUCCCCCCUCAGGCUAUUCCCUCUCACGGUUUCCAUCAGUUUAAAAGCAACAGUCUCGAUGUGUUACAGAGACGUAUUGAGGACCUGCAGGCUCGUAAUGACCGCACCGACAUCGGUACUCUGUUCAUCCCUAAUAUCAAGGUGGCCGACUCGGGUACUUACAUGUGUGUCGGCAGCAACAGCAUUGGCUCAAAUAGUGCUCCCAUUAAAGUCAGCGUGCACAAAGCUGAUCAUAGCUAUAAUGUGGUGAGCAUCCAACCAUCCAUAGCUGAUGUCCAAGUAGGCCAGAAUCUGGAGCUCAAUUGUUUUGCGCCAGGAAAUCCUCCUCCCCCUGUCAUCUGGACGAAAGCUAGUGGACACCUCUCUGCCAAUCACCAGGUUGUGGGCAGUCAGCUACGAAUCCUGUCAGCUACUGCAGACGACUCAGGAGAGUAUAUCUGUCGAGUACAAGGAAACCCCGGCGGCUCUGGAUCUCAUCUCCAUCAGGCCUCUGUCUCUGUGUCUGUUACUUCGUCUUCUUCACGCCAGCAGAGCCCAAUCAUUGCCAUUGAACCCCACAGCGCUGCAGUGCGUGUAGGGGAGUCAGCCAGCUUCAAAUGCAAUGUGUACAGUGGAGCCCAGCCUGUUAGACUGGAGUGGAAACUGGCCAGUAACAAGCCACUGCCAGACAAUGUCAAAGUUAGCUCUGAUGGUUCUGUUAUUACCAUUACCAAUGCACGCACCAUCAACCAUGGUGCCUAUCGCUGUGUGGCAAGCAACCCAUUCGGCAUCACGCACACCAUAGUGUCUUUGAUUGUUAAGGAGGCUCCUGUGGCCACGGUAACCCCUGUCGGGCCUGUUCAGAUUAGGGUGGGUGAGCCCAUUAACCUGGAAUGCCAAGCUUCAGGAGAGCCCCGCCCCUCGGUUUCAUGGCACAGGCUUGACAACAACCGCAAGGUAGUGCUGAGCAGUCCUGUGCUCAUGGAGUCCAACGCAGUCAUGCAGAUACUAGCAGCACGUCCAGAAGACAGUGGCACAUAUGUGUGUGCAGCUCGAAACAAUGAAGGUACUACUGAGACCAGGGUGGACGUAAUUGUCGAGGGAGGAUCCCAGUUGCCUACAGUUCCCAGGGCCUUUGUUCCUGAACCGCUUAUGAUUGUAGUGGAGGGUCAGACUGCAACACUGCGCUGUGAGGCCCACGGCUUUCCUGCCCCAGAAAUCACGUGGACCAAGCUGCGGUCCCCUCUGCCUUGGAGGCACAGGCUUAUGAACAACAGCUUGGUGUUGCAAAACGUUGGCAGACAAGACUCUGGAGAAUACAUUUGCACUGCCACCAACAACAUGGGCACCACUAAAGUCACCAUUACGUUAGAUGUAGAGACUCCUCCGUAUGCCACCUCUGUGCCUAAUGAUGUGGCUGUGCGGGUUGGGGAGGUGAUCAGGUUGCAAUGCCUGGCCCAUGGAACUCCUCCUUUGACCUAUACUUGGACCAAGCUGGAUGGAAACCUCUCGCCAAGGGCUGAGGUUAGGGAAGGGGACCUCCAGAUAAACCUAGCUACCUCUGAGGAUGCUGGAAGCUACAAGUGUGUGGCCAGCAAUAAAGUGGGCAACAGUGAAGUGAUUGCAAAAGUCACAGUCAGAUCUCCGUUGGCAGUGCGUGUAGCACCACAGGUUGAAGUAAAAGCCCAGGGCAGUGCUGUGGAGUUCACCUGUUCAGCAGCAGGUGGUGUAGAAACCAAGAUUGAGUGGCUAAAGGAAGGAGGAGCCCUGCCACCAAACAGCCACAUCAAAGAUGGAGUGCUCAGGAUUGAAAACCUAGAGCAAAGCAAUGAAGGUGUUUAUAUCUGCCGAGCUAGCAGCGUGUAUGGUCAAGCACAGGACACUGCUCGUUUGACAAUCCAAGCCUUGCCAAAGGUCAUGAUCAAUGUGCGUACCUCAGUGCAGACAGUUAUGAUUGGAAACUCUGUGGAGUUUGAAUGCCAGGCUGUUGGUGACCCAGAGCCCACAGUAAAGUGGAGCAAAGUCGGUGGGUCUCUGCCACCUCACAUUGUAGUGAAGGGUGGCAUGCUGAAGAUUGAACAGGUGACAGAGGCCGAUGCUGGCCAGUACCGCUGCACAGCCACCAAUGAUGUGGGCUCAGUACAGUCUCAAGUGGUCCUGAAUGUCCAGUCCCUUCCUCAAAUUGCUGCUCUGCCAAAAACGAAGGAGGUGGCGGUUGGGUCAGAUGCAGUCUUGCCUUGUGUGGCCUCAGGAUAUCCUGUUCCUGAUAUCAAAUGGUCUAAGCUUGAUAGGGAGCUUCCUGCUAAGUGUUUCCAAGAAGCCAACGUGCUGACAGUUCCUCGGGUCACCCAUGAGGAUUCUGGCACAUACGUCUGUACAGCCUCAAACAAGCAGGGCAAAGUGGAGUCCUUUACUACACUUGAAGUCCAUGAGAGAGUGAUGCCAUAUUUUGCCCAGGAACCCUCGUCGUACCUCACCCUGCCAACUAUCAAAAAUGCUUAUAAAGCUUUCAAUAUUAAGGUCAACUUUAGACCUGAUAACGUUGAUGGUCUCAUAUUGUACGCUGGUAUGAUUCUCUACAAUGGCCAGAGAAGGACUACAGGAGCUGACUUUAUCUCUUUGGGGCUUGUGGGUGGCCGCUUGGAAUUCCGAUUUGAUGUGGGCUCUGGCAUGGCCACCAUACGUGACCCGCACCCUAUUAAACUGGGAGAGUUUCACACAGUUGAGCUGCAUCGCAACCUCACCCAAGGAUAUAUUAUUGUAGAUGGAGGAGAGCCCAUCAAUGGCAGCUCACAGGGCAAGUUCCAGGGUCUGGAUCUCAAUGAGGAGCUUUAUGUGGGUGGUUAUCCCAACUACACACUCCUCGCCAAAACUGCUGGAAUUAAAACUGGUUUUGUGGGCUGUAUUCGUCAGCUAUUCAUCCAGGGUGAGGAAAUCAUCUUUAAAGACCUUGAUCGCAGCUCUACUGGUGUGACAAACUGUCCUACCUGCGAAGAUAAACCAUGCCAGAAUGGAGGGAUGUGUGAGGAUUCAGAGGCUAGUUUGUAUAAGUGCAGCUGUCCCAGAGGAUUUACAGGCAGCAACUGUCAGCACCACUCUUCUCUCCACUGUCACUCGGAGGCCUGUGGACCAGAUGCUACUUGCAUCAACCGCCUGAAUGGCCUUGGCUACGACUGCCGCUGCCAUCUUGGCAAAUUUGGGGAUAAAUGCAUGGAUGGGGAACUGGUUACCACACCACUGUUUGAUGGUGAGGAGUCAUACAUCGCCUAUCCUCCUCUGACCAACAUCCAUGAUGACCUGCGUGUUGAGCUGGAGUUCAAGCCAGUGCAGAGAGAUGGCCUGAUGUUCUUCUGUGGUGGGAAAAAAAUGAAGGUGGAGGAUUUCGUUGCCAUUUCCAUGGUGAAGGGACAUGUAGAGUUUAGAUAUGAACUGGGCACAGGCCAGGCGAUACUUGUCAGUCCUGAGCCAGUCUCUCUGGGGCAGUGGCACAGAGUUGUGGCUGAGCGGAACAUGAGGGAUGGCCACCUGAGGGUCGACCAAGGUCCAAUGGAGAGAAAGACAUCUCCAGGCAAAGCCCAGGGCCUCAAUAUCCAAACCCUCAUGUACAUAGGAGGAGUGCCUAACAUGGACAUCCUCCCUAAGCCUGCUAAUGUCAGUGACAUGUUUGAGGGCUGCAUAGGAGAGGUUUCCAUCAACAACAAGAAGGUGGAUUUGUCCUACAGCUUCACAGAGAGCAGAUCUAUCAGUAAAUGUGUGGACAGCAGCCCAUGUGACCGGCGGCCCUGUCUGAAUGGUGGUCACUGCAUGUCUAGUGCUGAGUAUGAGUACCAGUGCCUCUGUAAGGAUGGAUUUGAAGGUGAACGGUGCGAGAUAGUGAAGGACGCAUGCCGUAGCAAUCUUCAUUGCCAGAAUGGAGGCAUCUGCAUCAACAGCCAGUGUGUGUGUACACCUGGGUACACAGGUCUCAACUGUGAAGAAGUAUUAUCAGGCCAGGUCGUCAGCUUCCCAGAGGCCCUGAGGAAUUUGGAGUCUAGCGAGGCGAAUGAUUCACCCUAUCAGUAUGCAGCUCAUUUCAACAAUAAUGGAUACAUUGCACUCCCUAAAUCCAUUUUCCCAAGAAGUGCCCACGAUUCACCAGAAACAAUUGAAAUGGAGAUCAACACCAGCUCCUCUGACGGCCUGAUCCUAUGGCAGGGAGUGGAGACCAAUGGUGCACGCAUUUUGCGAAAGGUGCAUGCUAUUAAAAAGGAACCUGGAGAACAUGGCAAACGCAAGGACUUUAUUAGCCUCGGCCUACAGAAUGGACACCUUGUUUUCAGUUACCAACUGGGAAGUGGAGAGGCACAAAUCUUAUCUGAAAGGUCAAUCAAUGACGGCAGAUGGCAUAAGAUCACAGCAGUCAGAACUGGAAAAGUUGGCUAUAUCCAGAUUGAUGGAGGAGCCAAGCUACAUGGAGAAUCUAAAGGCAAAAGCCUCAUGGUCAACACCAAAGGCAGUAUAUAUCUUGGCGGAGCUCCAGGUAUGACUGCUAUGACAGGAGGGAAGUUUUCAUCAGGAAUGAAGGGCUGUGUGAGGAACCUGACACUGAUGAAUGCUCGGCCAGGACAGCAGCCAGCCCAGGCCAUUGACCUGCAAGCCCACGCGGCCCAUGGCAUCAACGUGCAGCCAUGCUCUUCAUAAACUGCUGCACACACGUACACAAACACACAUAGAGACUUUGGAGAGACAUCAUACACACACACACAGCAGACCUACACAAAAAGACUUACACAAAUAGAGCCUGACACAUACUUGGUGCUUUGCUGCUACCAAAAAAAAAAGAUUACACAACAAGAUGCAUUUCUCUGUGUGCAGUAAAACCAAAAAAAGACAGAAAAAUUCAGACAAUAUUAACACGUCUUCUCUUCCUCGGUGUUGUAUUCUUAAUGAAAGACUAUUAACACAGGAAAACCAGUACAGUUUACAUACUUCCAGCAGUAGAAUUAGCCAUGAGAAAAGUAAAACAUAUUAGGCCUUCUACGAUGGGUCAGAUCCUAAGGAGGUGGAGAUGUUUUUACAGCACUGAAUUUUUAUUUAUAUACAUAUGAUUAUAUAUAUUAUAUUUGUGGGGGGAAACAUGCAAACUAACCAUAACUGCUCUUCAUCUUUCCUAGAAUUUAUUCUGGGUUCUAAUACUCUUUGUCCUGGGCUUUUAAAGGCCUAACUGUAUUAAUACCUGAAGACUUUUAGGCCUUCUUUCUUCACUUCUGUAGAGGAACCUUUUCAUUGCGAGCAUGCUUACAGUCUUUUCUAAACCGUUGGGAGAGGAGUGCACAUGGUCACAGUCACUUGCAGCUUCAGCACACAACUCAGGACGUCAAAUACAAAUGAUUAAAAGCUAAGGUUAUAAGUACCGCUGCUUCAGCUUGGUUUAUUGUUGAUUCACUAGUAAUGCGCAGUGCUGUUUUGUCUUCUGUCUGUAUUUUUUUUAUUUUUAAAGAAAGAAAUCUUGGUGCUAAGGUGAGACAUUAAAAUACAGCACAUAGUCAAAUAGUUAAUAUGUCACAUGUAGAGGUUUUAUUUAGUAAUUUGGCAUAGAUCAGCAUACAGUCAUUACUUUUGUUGAUGUGCAUGGCAUUUGGGAUUGAUUUAAUGGCGGUAUGGCAUUGUUUGUUGCCUCAACAGCCUUAUUUGAUUGAGUAGAUCUCAAAAAAGGAGUUUAAGUGAACUGAAAAUGUGUCAUUUUUUAUGUGUGGUUAUUGAAGAUAUUGUUUUAUGUGUUAAACUAUCUGCCAGUCAGGUAGAUAUCUGUGUCAACUAAGAAUGAGUGUAUAUGUGAAGUAAAUUUGUUUGUUAUGUAUGUUUUAGACCUUUCCGUUUUUUCACAGAACACUCCACAUUCAGCCGCAGUAAGGGUCAGAUGUGUGCAUUUGGGUUUGUGUGCGUGUGCAUGUGUCAUUAUCCAUAUCCUCAGGAGGAUCAAUGCAGAACUGCCUCAAGGUUUUACACAGGUUUGGUAGCUUUAGAGACACCUCGCUAAGCUAUAAAACUCUGAAGGCUCUGUGGUUCUAGGGGAUGUUUUCUCUCCAAAGAGAGAUUCAUCUGCAGCACAUAGUUGGAUUAGUGUUUGGCCAUGUGUGAAUGCAGUGGAAGCCUCCUGCAGGUGCUGUGAUCAAUAGUGUAGCUCUAAUAAAAUAAAGCAUGCUCGCCCGCCUUUAGUUGACCACACCACACAAUGGCACGAUCACUUUGGGAUUCACAAACCCUUUUCUUGGUUUUUUUUGUUUUUUUGUAAGCUUAAAAUAUUUGUAUUAAUAUCCUAAAAUGAGCACCAUCCUUUCACAUAGAGUUGCACCGUUUUAAUUUAUUUUGUGUUUUUUUUUCCCCUGCUUUUUUUUUAUUGCUUUCUAGGCUCGAUUCUACUGUUUUAGAACAAUCACAGAAGCUUGCUACUUUCUUUUCUUUGGUUAUUGUGUAUUGCCUCCCACACCCUGUUGUUUUUCUCCUGAUGUUCAAUUUCAAUAGGGCCCACCUGGAAACUUCUUCAAAAAUGACCCCAACAAGGUUCCAUUAAAGGUUAACAUGUGAUAUUUGACUGGAGCUUCCUGGUCAAAUGGAUGAAAAGUGGUCUUAUUAUUCACUAAUUGAAAAAAGUCUUAGGCUCCAAAUGUAUGAGUGCACAGAAUGAUGUCAUCAUGAACAAGCGGGAUGAAGAAAGCUAACGCUGUGGUCCAGGUUAGGACAUUAAAGCAGAUAAUGAUGGUGUGUGUGCCCCUUGGUGGGUGCCUUCUGUGUAUCUGCUCUUAAACUGGAUUUUCACACAUACACUGUACACUGUCACCAAAUGCGGUUAGUGAGAAACUGAUAGCUGCUUUUGGUUUAUUUUACUCCAUUACAAAUAAAGAAAGGUGCACUUUUGGUUUUGGAUUUUAUCUUGCUGUUUUUAGUUUUGUUUUUUCUUUUUUCAUUGAUCAUUUUACUCCUUCACUUCUGAGCGGCAGACAAAAGCAAAUUCUUACUGUAUCAGAUAAAUGAAUGAAAGUGUACCAACUGAAAAAUGUCUAUGUCAAGAUGACUUGACUGUUUCAUUUCCAAUGUUUAAAGAUGCUCUUCUUGCCCUUGGUGUUUCUUAAUUAAAAACAAAAUUCA